AAUUAGGUAGGGGUGGGAGGCCCCCAAAUCAAAUUCUGCUUAGGACCCCUUUAAGCCUUGUGCCGGCUCUGUUAUAAGGGCCUUAAACAAAAAUCUAAACUCACCAGCCUGAUAUAUCACAUGAUAUAUCACAGACUGGCCCUGCAGCUGUAAGAAAUUAAACUUAAUGACCCGCAUGUUAAUAAUUUAUUUUUUGUUGCUUUCAACUAUGGUGAUGAAAUAUAUUUUAUAUACUGAUAACUGACUACAUAGGUGGUUUAAAAUGUGUCACACAUUCGUGUGACUGGCAGGAGCCGAUGUGAUGGCUGUUACUUUAAUAUCUCAUUUCCAGUAGUGGGCGUUUAUUCAGCCCGAACCAAACGGAACCAAGGGGGGUCGCAGGAUGAUACCAACUUAAAAGACACAUUUGGGGCAUGGAGAGUCCGGUAGGUCAGCGCUAUAAUUAGAGGCAGCUCCUUCCAAGACAGCAGCCAAACUGCGAUGCAUAAAGUCAUGUAAACCAGCGGAUACACGAUAACACGGCUGGCAGCGGAGGCGCGUUUUCCAUGGGUGACAUUUAACGCCACACGCUGACCGGAGAGGCUGUGCGUAACGCGGGGACAGCGCUGGAUCCACAACUGGCCACCGCGGCGCAAAACCAUGAGAGUUCGGUAGUGUGUGUGUGUGGUUUUUAGUUGUUGUUGUUUUGUUUUUUUAAUUAUUAUUAUUAUUUCAUUAUUGGAGACGCCAUAUGAACACUGCUCGGCGCGCAGCUUCCAUGAGUGCGCACAUCUGCAGACAUGUCUUUUUUAAGCAUACCCAGCGCGGAGGGCCUUUUCACCACGAUUAAAACGCGCAAGUCGAGCGGCGAGGCUGAGGGCAGAUCCCCGACGGACGACGAGGAUCGCAACGAUGACGAGGACGAUGAUGAAGACGAUGACACCGAGAGCGUCCACAUCAUCCCGAGAUGCUCCCCGGUGCCUCGGAAGCGAGGCGCGUCCAUCUACGAUGAGACAGCCGAGUACAUGCGGAUCCACUUGGCGCUGUCCGCCGUCAAGAAGGUGUCGUUCGCCGACACAACAGGUGGGGACCUGGUGGACGUGAAGGAAUUCGUCGCCUUCGAUUCGGACGACGAAGAGGAGAGCGCCAGGUGGGAGGAAGAGGAAGCGAAGUAUCGAAAGCCGCAGCGAGAGCCCACCUAUCAGGUGCUCCCGGAGUUUGACGCGCCCUCAGAAGGAGCCCUGCUGCAGGCUGUGCACGCCAACAAACUGGAAGUUGAGCGGGUGUCUCCGGUCGAGAAUGAGCCACUUGCCUUCACUGGGGUGGUGCGAGUCCUGAACAUCUCCUUCCACAAAGCAGUUUACAUCCGGUCCACCAUGGACAGCUGGGCCACUUACUUUGACCACCCAGCAGAGUACGUCCAGGGGUCCCACGAUGGGGCCACUGACCAGUUCUCCUUCAAGCUCUCUUUUGCACCACCGUACAUCACACACGGCUCUCGCAUCGAGUUUGUGGUUCGCUACGAAACCUCUGACGGUGAUUACUGGGCCAAUAACUCCUCCAUGAAUUACGUGGUCACUCUGCUUCUGUCCUACGAGGACGAUUCGGCUCAAGCGAACGUCAGCGUGCAGGAAAUGAAAGGUAUCCUGAAACCUCCAAAAGAUUACAGUAUGAAUGAUGAGUGUGAUUCAGAUGAUGACCACGAAAAGGAAGAAGCAGGGGAAGCGGGGACGUCCACGUCCGGACUUGUCAGGCCUACAGCUGUCUGCCCGGUCAUCAUGCAGCCGCAGAUUGACAUAGAGAUUGCAGUUCACCCAUCUGGCCCCUCUGUCCCACCCAACCAAGAGCUCCCAUCUGUUGAUGGCACACUGUCCUCUCACACUGUAUCCCCAGGUGAACGAUUCCCUUGUAUGUCAUCCGAAACCACGCCGCAAACUAAUUCAUCCUUUGUACCCUGUGCCAGCGAAUCAGUCCAGCCAAAUAAGUCACAGCCUUUACCCAGACUCCACUGUGAAUUAGGCAACCAAACGUCAGAGCAGGGCAUAGACACGAGUCCCUCUGCACCGCUGCCCGCUCCAACUCCUUCCCUACUACAAGAGUUAAGGCCGACAUCAGACAGCCCUCAGGCUGUCGGGGAGGAAAUCCCUCCCUCAGCGGGCUCAAUCAUGCAUCCUACGACCGCAGAGACCAAUAUGCAGCCAGCAACAGGAGAGGACGAAUCGACCGACGGCCCAGCAAGUCCCCCUUGUCUUGAACUUCCUGCUGACUCGGAGACUCAGGGGUCCGAGCUAGACGUUUCCCUGGGAUUGAGUGAACGUGAAGGAUUAUCAGAAGGUUCCACCACAUCUGCAGCACAUCACCAAGACAACACACCUGUACUUUCGUCUGCCGUGGUGGAGAGUCAGGAGGAAGAAGGUGAAGCUCCUCCAUCACCUGAGCUCACAGAGAACCCCUCGGUGAGUACAGGCGUCACUGAGGUGAGCCGAACCUCUGCGCCUCAGUCCGCCUCGGCAUGGGAAGAGGAGAAAGAUGCUCCCCAGUCUUCCCCUGACACAUUAUUAGAGAAUCCACCAAACGCGCUGUCGGAGGUUUCUGAGCUCCAGUCUGAGCCCGACGUCAGCAGGAAUCUGAUGCCACCCGUCGUCUUUCUGAGUGGCGUUGUCUCGCUCUCCAUAGUGCUGCAGAAUCCCAGCGCCCUCUUCGUCAUCGGACUACUCGCGGUCUUGCACCGUUUGUGAUUACGCCAACAAAAAGCUCAUUCUGACCUCGAGCUCUCGAGUAAAGUGCCUUUUCUUGAUUCCAAAAAAACAGCACACAUUGUUGAAGUUGUGCAUCACUGUGUUAAUUUUUUAAAUCUCAUUAAUAGUAUAUUUGGUAGAAUUUUUAGGAGAAUAUUCAAGUCCAGUUGACCCUUCCUAAGUCCCGCCCAUUUACACUCUGAGCUUCAAUAACAUUUGAGUAAACUGGGCACCCUGAUAAACUUCAACGUUCCCAUUUGCUGUUAAAAACUUAUCUCUGCUGUGUGCUCAAUACCUUGACCAUGAAACUGUCUAAUAAACUCUGUGGCACCCUGCUAGGUGUGAAGCUUAGGUUAGCUAAUGUUAGCAAAAUGCAUGCUAACAAUCUAGCUAACAAACAGUUAGCGUUAACGUUACAUGCAGAGGAGUCAGCCAGUCUUGAUUCAGACUCCGAGAAGGACUCAUUUUUAAGAUAACGUGAAUUAUUAGCGUUAGGCAGGAAAAAAAAAAACAAGGCUUCACUUGUUAUCGUUAAGACCGGAAUGACUCGGCCUCAUUUUACGCCGUUUGGCCGUUUUCUGCGGUCCUUGCUGUCGACUCCCUGAAGAAAUAUUGCGUGACUCUCGAAAAAACAAUCUUAGCGGGUGUUUUAGGUUAGCUAAUGUUAGCAAAAUACUUUCUAACAAUUCAGCAAAAGUAUAACAGUUAGCUAACGUUCCAGCCAGGUGUGCUUCCUGUUCAUUUCUGUGGUAACGUUAAACAGAUUUGGAAAAAUAAGUUGGCGGCUGACUGUUUUUAGAUAACAGAUACUGAACUGCAGUCUUUGCUGUCUGCUUCCUGGUUAUAUGUUGUAUGUAACGGACACUGCGGCGCUGAUGUUUCUUAUUGUCGAGCUCGUCGGAUCCGUCAAUUCAAGGUGAAAGUAUUCAUACAAAUCCUGGAGAUGUUUUCAUGCGUUCUGUCAGAGACGUGUUGUGUAAUAGAAGCGUGGUGAAUUUAUAUCCCAUUUCUAUAAGAACAUUGUGAGCAGUCCAACCUUGAAGCACAAUAUAGAGAUGUUUUGUAAGUGGUCCGUUGUUACUUUUCCCUGGUCGUGUGGAGACGCUCUCUCGUCUUGUGUGAAUCAGAUGUGGUGUGAUUUUGUCCGGUCAGCACUAAAAUGCACUUGUUUUUACGACUGUUGAUGUAGCCGAGGUUGUUGUCCGACAACACUGCCACGAGUUUUACAUUUGUGAAUUCCAUGUGCUAUUAUGUCUUUAAUGAAGGACAGAAAAAGCAGAACAUUACCGUAGUUGGGGGGGGGGUGACAACUCCAAAUACUUACGAUACAAAUGUUGUUUUGUUUACAAAAUGCAAAAAGCAAAACAUGAUCUUGUGAAGUAUUUUUGCCUUAAUGUCAUGAAAUAAGAACCUGAUGAUUAUAGCGAACAUCAGUCUGAAACGGAUGCUGCUCGAGGGACGAAACAAAUGGAAAAUGAUAUUUUUCUGUCUAGAAACACCAGCCUCCUCAGCGUCUCCUCACACACAAGUCUUCCUGCCGCUAUCGAACCCAUUAUUGUUGUUGUUGUUGUUGUUGUGCAACACAAAAAUGUGCAGCGCAACUUAGGAAAAUCCUCACAGACGCAGUGAAGCACUGAAUGACAUGUUUGAAGUGAUGAAAGUUUUUGCUGUGUAUUGCCAUUAAACCUGGUCUUAUACCAUUCACCGCUCUGUGUCUUUGU